CUUCGUACCAUCAGCAUCAAGAACCCAUUCAGUCGGUAGGACGCAAACGCCGGUGGUUCUGGCACUGGUACGAUACGGCGACAAUCGGUGGGCUACGACAAGGCCCUAUUGUCUACCUGCAAAGGCUCGACUCAUCGCGCGACAUACCACGGCCCACACUUAAACUGCCAAGCCUUCCUUGCCUUGCCCCCUCACAUUCCAAAACUUGUUUCGACUGCUCGGGUGGUGACAAUCAACGAUAAAAUGUGCUCUACUCGAAUGGUACUCGCCCUUUCGCUGAUUAUCCGGCAAUGGGCAUCUGUGGAAGGAACAUGCUACUUCUCCCAAGAAUUUCAAGGCGAAUAUGUAAUGCAAAGCUCAGCGGGCUUUGGUAACCGAGUGAUCCAAUACAGCACCGUCAAUAUCACCGAGAAUUCGAUACCCAUUUGGGGCAGCUGCCAUAGGAGAAUUGGGAACAAUUACAUACUUAUAUACAAUUAUAGUGAAACCAGUUGUAUAAGAUGUCUUCAUCUCAAACUGCGUUCAGCCAGCGUUCUACAAGUAUACACAGUCAACCAAGAGACAAUUUCUAAAUGUUUCACCAAUGAAAAAACUGCUGAAGAGAACUGCCCUUCCGACGAAUCUGUGGUAGCUGGUGAAACGGCAGAAAUAUUAUUAUUCAAGACAAGGGAUGUUUUGGGCCAGUACACACCUCAACAAUACUGCCCGUUCGAUGGAAAAUAUAGCCUCAAGUACAACAGUUUUUCCAAAAGGUUGAUGAAAGACUGUUUUGGGUAUGGAUCUUUAGCAGACUCUUGUCCAUCUGGAUCUACGAUCAACUUACGACCGAGGAAUUGCUCCACAAAUAGCUAUGACAUGAACUUCGAUUGCCUAGCGAAUUGGGAAGCAUCAAGUGGAGACAACUACUUGAUACUGGUAGAUAGUACCAAUGAUGCGAGACAUCCUAGCAAGCAGAAACCAAUAUAUCGCUGUGCGCUAUAUAAAGAGGACACAAUAACAGGCAACAUUCAAAUGGCUCUGAGCAAAGACUCAACAUGCACAAACGAACUGUUUAACAGCAGUUAUGGCUACGAAGUAUUCCAAUUGGAGUCUAAACCAGAAAAAGUCUGGCCAAUAGAAGUCACUUUCGGAAUUUGCACUUUUCCAAAAUGGAUGCACGGCGACUGGGAACAUCUCAUAGUUCGAGGAGAUACUAUGGUAUACCGAGAUCGUACUUCUUUCAAAACUUACACCAUCAAAUGCGUCGGUGUUGUAGAAGACAGUGACAAAUACUUGGUUUUCAGUAGAACUCAAUGUGAUGAAGAAUUCUACAGUUGCGUCCGGAUAGCAAACAGAAGCAACAAUAUCUUAGAAUUCCAAAUCGGCAAAAAUACAAGUAAAGACAAAGAUGUGUUCAGCCUGUGCCAGGAUGAAAAUUUUGAAGGAGAUACUUGGAUAACGCAAGGACGACAAAACAUAACAAUAGGCUUUUCCUCUGGAAUGUGUCCCAUCACAGGAGAAUACACAGGAAAGAUCCCGGAUGCCACGAAUCUCUGUGCGAAGCUGUGGUCAGACUGCAGAGCCCCAGAGCUGAUGUACUAUCAAGUUUCCCAUUGCGAUUCGGAAGAAGUAUACGAAGAAAGGGAGUACCAAUGUCUUGGACAUUGGAGAGAAGGGAACUUCCUCUAUACAUACACUCAAAGGAAUGACGUAGCUCCAGGAACUUACGAAUGUUUCGUUGGAUCUAUAAUUACAGACAUGAAUAUCUAUAUUAAAGAAGCUGGUGGACAUUGCCAGAGGAACGUUGACCCACUGCGCUAUGGCAUGCAGCUUACUAAGAAAAGGCCUCUGUAUUCUUGCAUCGAAAGAAGUACGACUCCUCGACAUUUUCACAAACCUACUACGGAAAGGAUUGUACCUAAGCCUACAUCCACAAUUGUACAUCGGACAACGACGAUCCAACAUUUUUCUACCAGUACGGUUCGACAGACACAUUACAUCGAACACAGUUCAAGCAAGAUACCCGUAUUGUCAUCUGGCAUACUUUGCUUAUUCCUCUUUCUACACAUGUUCGUCCAGUUUUGAAAUUUGGGAGAGUAAGCUAAAUCUUGCCAAGAAGUUGACCUUUUUUUGUACAUAGUAAGAUUGAAGCAAGACUUCUCUACGAAUUCUAAUAAACUGUUACCAGGAUACAAAAAAUACUUAGAUGCAAAGUUGUCUUGCUUUGAAGGAUACCCUUUGGCUGUGUCAUACUUAAACCUGAAGUCCCAUUCAGCGAGAACAAAGAGAUAGGGAUGAAUGUAAACAUCAUCGAAUAGUUUUUUUAUAAAAAAACAAUGUGUUCGUCUUGAAAUGAUACGUUUCUCUAUACACUGUGUCCCUACAAGUUUCUAAGUUUCAUGGUUUCAAGAUGUUAUAUACUCGUAUAUAUAUAUAUAUCUCAAGAUCCUUCUAUGCACACAUUUUUUGAUAUUUUGUAUAUAGGGGAUCCACUUUAUGUUACGUGUAAGAUAUCAGGCAAUAAGGGUCACAUUAAUAGACCUUUCUCGAGGAUGGAGUGCCAUUUGAGAAAUGACUUCUGAUUGGGUUUUAAAUAAACCGUAAUGCUUAUAUGAGAAACGCUCAAGGGAGAAUUUGCGUUUUACAGUCUUUAAUUAUUGGUGAUAAAUUUUGGACAGUUUGGAUUUUCUUCACUCAAUGUUACUCACAAAUACGAGCUACGCUUAACAGCUUGAUCGUAUUUAUACAGCUUGAAAAAUAUUUUACUCACAAUCUGCAACUUAAUCGACGAUUUUAUAAUAAUGAGUAACAGGAAAUUCUAGCAAAGAUGCAGAAAAAGAGAAGAUGUCCAGAUUCUAUACAAGCUUAAUAAUAUAGUUGGAAAUAAAAGUACCUCUAUUUUGAAAAGCCGUUCUUGGGAUCAGAUUACAGGUAUUUAUAAUGAAACUAGGGUGAAGAGAACAUACAAAAAUAUAGGAAAACAUUAAACAAGAACAAGUGGUGCGGUUAUACAGAGAAAUUCAUAUACCAGUGACGUCGUAAUGUGUACGAGAGAGAAGUGCGAGAAGCGUGCAAUACUUAUGCUAGAAAGAGAUAGAAGCACCACCUUGCCUAGCAAACCGAGUAACGAGACCAUGGGCCCAGUUUAGGCUUGCCACGUUGCCAUUAACAUACAUAUGUAUUGCAUGCUUCUCUCUCGUACAUAUUACACCGUCAGUGAUAUUUGGAUUUCUCCGUAUAACGUCUAGAGAAAUAAGUAUAGCCGUUUUCGGUAAAGCUAUUUAUGGGCGUGUAAUAAAAGGGACGUUUCUUUCUCUUCUUCUUUUUGAUUCACUGUACUAAUUAUGAAAAACCGUUGAUGAAUUUGCACAUUUUGAGUAACUGGAUGUUCAAGCUGUAUAAAUACUAUGCUGAUAGUCUCAAACGUACUUGACAGCAAGCUGCCUAUAUUUAUUCAGCUCCGCUAUGUGGUUGCGUUAUUCGCUAUAAAAUAAAAAAGCACACAAUUUUAAUUACAAUUUUGCAUUACCCACGAAAAUUUAGCACACAUCGAUGACAGUCUGUGGUGAGAAGUAUUACAACUCUACCGAGGAAUACAAAAAAUAUUAAAUCCCCUCUUGAACGUUCCUCAAGAAACCGUUACAGUUUGUUUAAAAUCCAAGAAGAGAUCGUUCCUUAAACAUCAUCCAUUUCUCAAAGAGUGUCUCUAAAUGGGUCCCUAAGUACCUUUAGUACUGAGUUCUGUGUAUAUAAGUUUUCGUUUUUAGUAUGUUAGGGGUAUUUAUAAGGGCAUAUUGACUGAUUUUUUUAAUCAUUGAUACAUGUUAGAAUUAUUUUCACUUGGUUUACUCAACAAAAAAACUUUGUUACUUAGGUUUGUGAAUAAUACUCUCAUUUUGUCGUACUUAUGAUCAUAGAUGAAAAUAUUUCCUACCCUCAAAAAAAUUGCAGAACAGUGAAGGAAAUUUCCACGCUGUAUUUUUUCUUUCUUACAUUAAAAAGUCCGUAGCAAAAAUUUUUCAUAGGUUGCAGUAAUCAUGUUAAGCUAAAAUAGGUGUAAUAUUUUUGAAUUUUUAUAUCGUAUAUAUGAACCAGUAUUUUUUCCGGAAAAUGUGUGAUCUUUGUAGUUGAAUUGCC